AUGGGGAUGCUUCAGAUCAAGAAGCAGCGCAAGGACGAAGCUCGCUGUGAAGCCCUUAGAGUUGCUAAUGAGGAGUGCAAGAAGCUCAAGGCCGAAGCUGCGCAGAUCAGCGCUCCGGAGCGCAAGAUCGCACAACAAGAAUUCAGAGAAACACUCGUGCAACAGAACAGAGAUGAUAACAACAAGAAGAACAAUAGCAUAAGCAACAAGUUUUUGCUUCCAAGAAAGCCUUACUUUACAAAUAAGGAGUUAUUGAGAACUAUUGCAUACUUGAAAAAUGAUACAUUAGUAUUUUAUGAGGCGAGGGAUUGA